AUGACUGAUAUGAAAAUUGUCACAAAAGAAAUUCUUAUAUCACUGGGGAAACAAGUGCUGAUAGGGAAACAUUGCAACAUCACCAAUUCGCCCUGUAGCCACCGAAUUAACCAACUUCCAACCAAUGUUGUAAUAAAAGAACCAGAAGAAAUAUCAUUGAGGCUACAUAUAGUAAUGGUUAUACAAGAUCUCAAUAUCCAAAUGGAUAUUUUCACCUGGCAAGUUAAGAUGGAUUCACUGUCAGUAGUUUUGUUUGGUUCUAGUCCUGUAGUUUGUUGGAGAAGUUUUGGUCAGGUUAAGAUGGAUUCACUGUCAGUAGUUUUGUUUGGUUCUAGUCCUGUAGUUUGUUGGAGAAGUUUUGGUCAGCCUGAGAAAUUUUAUCAGCAAAUGGUUGUGAGAUAA